AUGAAUGGCCUGCGUACCUUCAACGGCGCUAGGCCAACGGGCGAGCCUGAGCGUCCUCUCACAAUCCUACAAGUCUGCCAGCCGGAGGUCUACCUCCUUGAUGUCAAGGACCCCGCACUAGUUUUCUAUGCCUUGAGCGAGUGCACCAAGAUCCUCAAUUACUUACGCCGCGAUGGCUAUGUACUCCAGGCUGUCGGCAGGGAUAGCAUCAUGCUCCGCGCGAAAACCGUCAACGAACCUUCUGACCUUGGGGAUUUUGCUUCAAGAUAUACAGUGGAGAUCGCGAUAGACGGUUGUAACCGAUACGUCCCCAGCGCGCAUGAAACAGCCCAGCAUUUACGCACGCAAGGCCACCCAUAUUUCAUGCCGCUCGAAGUAGCAACCUGCCGGCAUCAGUUCGUCAAGAACAAGUCUGACGCCACCUUCACCUCAAGAUUCUUCGCGCGCAACCCCUUCCACGACCUGGAGUCCAUUCUCUGGAUCGCGUUGCACACCCUCCUUCCCUUCACGCCCCUCAGGCCUGUCGGCGCAAAGGACUGGGACAGCUACCGCAGCCUACUGGGGAAUGUGCGCGCAAGGAUGCAAAGGCUCUUUCCUCAGGUCAGGCGGCACCACAACAGCAUAGACUUUGACUGUCGCGAGGUCUUCCUGAAGCGGGGCAAGUACAGGGACGGCCUCAAGACACUGCUGGGACAGGUGUAUGGUGAAUCGUCUCCGGUGCUGAAGCUCAUCGAUCUCUUCGACGACCUUGUUUGGGCGUAUAGAAAGGUCGAGGGCGCAGCGAAUUUCGCCCACAGCUGUGAAGACCGAGGCUCGGAGCUACCUGCGAACACGCGCAUCGACCCCGCCCUCUUCGAAGAGCACGCUGGCAUAUACGGUCGCAUACACGAGGCUCUCAAGGCAGUUUGCGCAUAUCUGACGAAUGCCCAAGUCCAACUGAUCAGAGUGGACGACGUGGAUCAGGAUACGGGCGCGCCUUUGGUGUUCCAGCAGUGUGCAAAACGGUAG